AAAUCGAUCAUACUUUUUUUCCGUUAAUUCUAGACUAUUACUAUGGUUUAGCGUUUAACACAACUCAUAGUGGGUAACAUAACAAGAUUUGUGAAGACUUAAUCGCCGUCUAAAACAUUAUUAAAAAUCUUUACAUCCCUAAUUCUUUUAAUGAUAUUAAUGAAACAAGAUCUUCGUGGGUUGUUGACAUGAAUCAUUCGUAUUUACAAUGUACGUAAACACAAAUUUAAAAUAUGCUCGGAAGAGUCAAAAGAAGAAGCUUAAGUUACAUUAUUAUGAAGAUAGCUAAUCUUUAUCGUUCUUUUCUUAACUUUAUAUAAAUGUUAGGUUUCAUGAAUUGUUUUAAAAACAAACAAAGAAAUUGAUUGAUUGAUAAAAAAAGUAGAAAUGAACUAUGUUUUUGAUUAGUUUCCGUGACUGCUUUGAAGUGUCAAAUGAGGUCGAAAUGUUUUUUGAAGAAGAGUACGAAAUUAUAUCCGCGACGGAAUGUUCCCGAUUUAAUGGUAGUCAACUAAGCCUUGACAAUUCAGCCUCGCAUAUCGCUUCUUUCGUGGGUGCUAUAAAAUCUGUUUUAAAGAGCAAAAACUUCAAGAAAGAGCACUUCAAGCGUAGGAAACUGUACCUUUGUGAAGCAUACUGUUUGUUGUGGCAACAUUCAGGCACAGGAAAUCUGGAUGUAAAAAAGUCAAGUCAACAAAUAAAAACAGGUGCUUACGCCGCCAUUCUACUGGAUUUAUAUGCUUGUAAUAAAAUCAACUUAACAGAGAAGGAUGACAGCGACUUCAAAACACAGCUGUAUGUUGAAGUCAUUGAUCCAGAUCCAACGUUCACGUUCAUGGAUAGAGUUGUAUAUAACCAGAUAUUACAACACUAUGAGCAGAGUGGUGGAAGAGCAUGUGUGAUUGAAGAUUGGCUAUCAACUGCCGAAGAUGUAUGCUGCGUGACUGCUUCAUUAAACAACCUUGUGUCACGUGGAAUUUUAAGUCAUGCGCAGACAGGUGUUUUCGGUACUUUUCACAAGCAUCCCUUAAUAAAUAUUGGUCCUGUGCAGGAGUUACAGAGAGAGUUGAAGGGAGUUGCGUUAAAAGAAAGAAGACCAGACACGUUCAUGUUAGCAUUGAUCACAAUGUCGUUAGCAGCAGAAGAUUAUUACAGCUUUGUUGAUCCAAUACUGGAAAGUCAUUUCACAAAGAAAGAGUAUCGAGUAGCAAAAGAAAACAUUAAAAUGAUUGUAAACACCCAGGGCGUGGUUCUAAAGAGUCCAAAGUUCACUCGAAAGAAGUUUAGCGUUGAGGUACCACGUAAUAAACAUACCAAUAUGUACACUAAUCAAAGUAGUUUGUCGCCAGUCAUAUCGAGUCCUUCGAGUAACGGUGAUCAAUUUUUUUUGACGUAAGGUAGAAUUCUUGACACAAGACACAAGGACAUCGAAGCAGAUAUUUAUACCACAUUGUAGAUAGAAGACGUAUACAUAAUCUAACAGGUCUGGAGGUGGCUUUUUGAUAAAGAAACAUUUGAUAUCACCAUAUGAUAGACCAGAUUAGAUUUGAUGUCUAAGAAUGUGAGAUGUAUAUUGCAAUUCAUAUUUUUACACAUUUGUGUGCCAAUCCAGGUCCUAAAUCUAAAUAUCUAAUCUAUGUGACCUAUUCGAAUUUCAUUGUUUCAGUAAUCAAUAUUGUAAAGUAAUAGUUCUGUAGAUUAAACACAAAGCUCUACGA